CACGUAGCGUACUCGACUGAAGACGGGGGGAGCGGCGUGUUACUGGGGGGAGCGUGAAGCGUUAGACCCAUCUUUGGGCUUCGACCUCUCGGUUGCGGGUUUUUGGUCAUCUCUCGGCCGGCGCGGGAGCUGGCCUCGGUGGUACCCGGUUUUUUCCGCUCCUUGACGUCAUCGCGGCCGCAGCGCCCGCCAUGGAUUUUUAAGGCAGAAUGCGUGGCCUCUAAUGCGAUGGCGAUGCAUAGUGCAAGGCGAACCCACGCGCGAGAUUCCAUCCGUGCCACUGCCAGGCAGUUGGGCUCCGGUACCGUCCGCGGUAUCCCUGCGAGCCAGCCGGUACCGUUGCUCCUGUACCGGAGGAGGCAGCCGUUAGCCGCCGCGGCCUCGUAACGAAGAGCCGCAGUCUCAUCAUCGAGUCCAACCACCGCCAGUCACGGGGAUCAUGAAGCCGCAGGACGUGCUCGGGAAGGCCAGCCUCUGGAUCUUCGGUUACGGGUCGCUGGUGUGGAAGCCUGACUUCAAAUACAGGAAGAGCCGCGUGGGCUUCAUCCGCGGCUACAAGAGGCGCUUCUGGCACGGAGACGACUUCCACCGGGGCAGCCAGGCGGCGCCCGGAAGAGUGGUGACGCUGAUCGAAGACGACGAUGCAGUCACCUGGGGCGUGGCGUUCGAGGUGUCGGGCCCGCAGGUGGAGGAGGCCCUCGCAUACCUGAACGUCCGCGAGACCGUGUGCGGCGGCUACGUCACCAAGAUGGUGGAUUUUUUCCCCGGGGAUGAAGGCCCCGCCCCCGUCCAGGCUCUGGUGUACAUCGCCACCUCCGACAACCCGCUGUACCUCGGACCGGCCAGUCCGGAGGACAUCGGGGCCCAGAUCGCCUCCUCCAGCGGGAAGAGCGGCCACAACCUGGAGUACCUGCUGCGCCUGGCGGAGUUCAUGCGGAGCAGCUGCCCGCAGGUGGAGGACCAGCACCUGUUCUCCGUGGAGACUGCGGCUCUCACCCUGUUCCUGGCCUGCUCAUGCGCGGUCCAGCCUGUGCACUAGCGUCCACGGUUCUGUGGGUCCACGUUUGCAUGUGUCCAUCAUCCCUGCAGCCGUUUCUGAAUCCGCCCAGUUCCUCACUGCAUCACAUGUCUGAAACAAUAAAACCACUUCCCAAAAGAGA